AUGAUCGGGUCCUUCGCCACGGGGGCCGCCGGGGACACCUACCGCAAGCGCGCCCGCAAAGUCGACUUCCCCGAGGAGGCGGUGGAGGUGCGGCAGCGAAUGGCCCAUGGCAGCGUCCCAGGGGUUUCGGAGCUGCGCUGGGUCUGCGGGAUUCUACUUCAGUUCCUUUUCACGAAUUAUUGGUCGGCGCAGGAGCGGCACAUUCAGCAGAUGGAGGCGUCUGCGGCCGCGGCCUCAAGCGAGGACGAGGCGGAGGAGGAGCCCAGGGCGCCUGCCAGCGUUGAGGAUAUGAGGGCGCUGCUGGAUAUGCUUAGCGCGAGCAGCGACGAGGACGCGGACGUGGACGUGCCCAGGCAGCCUACCGCGGUGUGUACGACGCCCACUCCUUCUAAGCUGCAAGGACCGCGUACGGACGUUGAGGGGUUCACCAAGAUCGGCCACUGGAUCAUCUCUUAA